UGUAAGCAACUGUCCAGGACUCAGCAUCAGCAUCAAGAGCACUUGAGCAACAAACAUCUUCUUGGAAGGAACUGCUUUGAGGGAAAACAACCUUUGUUCAAUUAUCUUCCUUAUAGGACAACAAUGGGAUACUCCAAGUUAACGAGAUGCUUCUUGGCUCUUUUAUCCAUCCUGUCGUCAACCACAGCCACCUGCCCUAUAGAGUGUUUGUGCUCACAAAAUGAAAGACAUGUAGAUUGUUCAGGCAGAAACUUAACAGCACUUCCCAACAACAUCCAGACCAACAUAAUAUCCCUAAAUUUAUCCCGUAAUGCUAUUGAAGAUCUUGAUAACAGGCUGACCGAUUUCAUCAAUCUGAGGUUCCUUGACAUAUCCAACAACCUGCUCAGUAACAUGCCGAGACAGUUGCCAUUGGCGCUGUGGGAACUUCAUGCAUCAAAUAACCUUAUCAAAGUACUUCAGAAGGAAGACACCGUCUCCCAGUGGAACCUUAUAAAACUGGAUGUGUCCAACAACUUGAUUGAAAGGGCUUUUUUAAUUAACAACACAUUGAUUAAUCUGAAAUUUCUCAACUUCAGUGGAAACAAAUUCUGGACAGUCCCAACCAACAUGCCCUACAACUUGACUACUUUAGAUUUAUCACACAACAACUUGCACAAUAUUCUUCCAGAUACUUUUCAUCACAACAAACUCUCAAAAUUGUACUUGAACAACAAUAGCUUACAAUUUAUUCCAAGUGGUACUUUUGAUCAACUCACUGGUUUGCAGUUGAUUACUCUAUAUGGAAAUAUCUGGGAAUGCAAAGACAAACAAAAUAUAUACCUAUUGACAUGGUUACAAACCGUACCAAUUGUGCUUGGAUGUCCAUGCACUGAAGAAACUGAACAUGGUCAAGGAGGAUGCAGUUCAAGUAUAAAUACACCAGCAACUGUUAGUUCAACUUUCACAAGUUAUCAGUCUCACAUUGGAACAAUGACAAGUACCAGACAAAGAGAAUCUGAAGGAAGCACACCCUACUCUGUAGCAAAUCAGAAAAGUGAUAUUUCAUCCUUUUCAGAUUCAGUUUCUUAUACCAGCUUAUAUUCAACAGCACCAAGCUUCAUCAGUAGAUCUGCAUCAUAUAAACCUACUGAAAAUAUCACCUUGCAAACAGCCAGCAGUGAAAGUUCACACGAAUUGGUUAGUAUUACUGAUAAUAAAACAGAGGGGCCUCCAUCAACGACAAUGCCCAUCACAGCUUCUGAAUUCACCUCCAAAAGCACUGUCGUAAUCAGGUCCACUGCAACUGUCACCAUGUCAAGUACAACCAUGAACAACCAGACCAGCAGAUUAGUAUCACUGUCAACUUUUGGCUCAGCAUCCACUGUAAGUCACAAAUCGUCUGCUUCCAUUGAAAUCUCAACAGUUUCUGAGCCAAGUGCCAUCAAUGCAACCACUUCUCACAGUGCCAUCAAUGCAACCACUUCUCACAGUGCCAUAGGAAGUACUUCAAGUCCGUUUCAGGUUGGUUCUUCCAGUCUGACCAGUACGCCAAAGGUCAAUGUAAUCACUGGAACAUUAAGCACUGCAAACCAAAUUGUGACUACACAAAACACAACUUCAAAAGCACACAAAUGUAUGGGCAUAACCUGCUUCAUGGUUCUGACCAUGUUGGUACCACUGGUUGUUUAGUCAUUUAAACAUGAGAAAUAACCAUUGCUGGCAAUGUCAACAAUAAAUUCGAUCAAUGAGACAGAUUAUUUAAGAGUAUUUUGUUAAGGGAAUGAAAAACUAAUGCUUCCCAAGAUGGCUCUCAUGGGUCACAAGUCUGAUCUUGGGUCAGUUAUGCCUUAGCCCUGUUCGGGUUGGCCUUCUUGUCCCAUGACCAGACGAGAAAAGAAUAAAACAACUUUCACCCUAGGCUCCCUUUUCCCAACAGCAGCUGCUGCUGAGAGUGCAAAAGUAAAUGUUCAAUUUGGACAGGAUCACAUUCCGAUGUGAGCCCUGACUGGGCCUCACAGCUCCAUGGCUUUUGAAGCAUUUGAGGUCAAGGCUCACACAUGAAGAACAGGCACCUGGAGAUGUUUUGAAGAUAGAACAGCAAGGCACCCCAAUAGGUCAGCUCGAUGAAGAGAAAAGGGGGCAGCCAAAAGACAAAACUUCACUGCAAAACAACACCCCAGCAAAUUGCAGAAUGUACCCUGACCACCAAUAGGAACUAACUGAAUGCCUUCCGCUCUGAAUAAUGUGUUAUUUUCCCCAAUAGAAAUCUAUUAAUUGUGAUAUAUAUUCCAAAUCCCAACUUUUUCUGUAAAAUUAAACUCUUGAAAAUAGUUUCAUAAUUUUACUACUAAAACAGUUCUGGUCCACCUGAAAUGUUUAACUAGAUUCUCAAUUUGUAUUAUGCAAUUUUUACUUUUUCCCCUCAUGCAGGUGGA